AUGUUCUUUAGAGGCAAUCCUUUAGGUGGCCUAACCUUCUUUAGCUUGGCUGGGCUUAUUAAUGGAGUGAAGACAAGCAGCGGAAUAGUCCAUGGCGGUCAGUGCAGCUCAACCGACGUAAACUACUUCUACUCGAUUCCGUACGCGAAACCGCCUCUGGGCGAACUACGCUUUGCACCUCCAGAGCCCUACAAUAAUUCGCGCGGCGUGAUCAACGCCACGACACCGGCACCAGCAUGCAUUCAGUUCUUGGGAUCGUUCGAUGAGAGGACUGCGACGAGCGAAGACUGUCUUUUCCUGGAUGUCUGGGCUCCGGCCUCUGCUACUCCCGAGUCAAAACUUCCCGUGAAGGUAUGGCUAUACGGAGGAAGAAAUCAAGGCGGUGGGAUUUCAGAUCCGACAUAUAAUGGCUGUUUCUCUGCUGCGGACUCCAUUGUCGUCUCUAUCAACUACCGCGUCGGUCCUUUGGGAUUCUGGGCGCUGUCGGAUCUUGGCCUCACCGGAAACUAUGGCAUCAUGGAUCAACUUCUUGGCCUACGCUGGGUGCAGGAGAACAUCGUAGGGUUUGGCGGUGAUCCGAAAAAGGUCCUACUCUUUGGACAAUCUGCCGGCGCUAUUGACUCUUUCGUUCUUGCUACGUUACCCGAAGCACACCGAUUAAUGAGAGCUGCUGCUUUAGAAUCUGGAGCUGGGAGAGUUCUACCAACAGUAGCCGACACGAGAAUAUGGUAUUCAGAGUUCCUUUACGCGAUGAACUGCACGCAACAUGACUUAUCAUGUCUUCGAAGCGCCCAUGUCGAUAGAGUCCAAGCAGCAGUGUCCGCGAUGCCAAGCACUAGCAUAAUAACCGUUAACACAGCCCUCGUCAAUAAUGGCACAAGGUCCUCUUGGACCCCCGUGAUCGAUGGAAAGGUAAUCAAAGAGCAACCAUCAACUAUCGGAGUUAGGGUCCCUUCAAUAGUAGGAGCCACUACUAGGGAGGGCUCUAUAUUCGUCUUAUCUUCCUACCUCACAACCUGGAAGGGAAAAGUUCCUAGCCUAUCGGACUAUGAUGAUUUCCUAACCCUAAACUUUGGACCACUAGCGACACGAGUAAAUGAGACGUUUCCAUUAGCCUCUACCUUUAACGGUUCAACACUUACCGCUAUGGAGGUUAUUCUUACCCAGGUAUCAUACCAGUGUCCAUCAUACCGGGCUCUACAACUGGCAUACAAGAAAGGAAUUCCUGUAUGGAGCUACCGAUUCGCUCACGAGCCUAGUUGCGCCUGGUAUGCCCCGAUAGAGGCGGAUUGGAUACCUUACCUGGGGGCAACGCACACGAGUGAGAUCCCAUUCGUGUUUAACUUUACCAGUUCGAUGCCACCCCCUAACGGGAAUUGCACCUUCUCGAAAGCAGAGCAAACAUUGGCCCAUGAGAUGAGUCGCGCGUGGACAAACAUGGCACAGAUAGGGAUACCGGGUGACAAGAGUAUUUGGCCUGCCUGGACAUCGCACGAAAGCAAAGGUGUAGUACUCAGUGAUGCAAUGGAUGUUGGUGUGGUUGAUUAUGCUACUUGUGAUUUCUGGGGGGAAAUCGAUGAGGAUCUUAAUAAGUACCAGAGGUCUCAAUCAAGCCAUGUAUGAUACUAUCUCUAUAAAGUAUGGUUAAGCUAAUUGUCGUUUCUUACCCCUCGACAUUAUUGAGGAUUAGGGGCUCAGCAGAAUCGAACACUUGUCUGA